AUUAUUAAAAGUUAAUUCACAUUUGAGAAUGAGGACAAUCGAUACCAGCUUCUCAUUUUCAACAACAACAACAAAAUCUCGUCGUUCAUGUACAUGUAACGCGCCGUUAGUUCUUUAGAAAGAACCACCUUUUUUGCACUGGUGAUACGUCAACACAUAAACGGUAUCAUAACUCGAUAUUGCAUUCAGGCUCCUGAUUAUUUCUGACCUCAAACAUGUCUUUUUCGAUAUUUGGAUUCACUAUUUCAUUGCCUCUCAUCGGAGCUAUAGCUGCUUUGAUUGCAGGGCAAGAGAUUUGGAAUCUGACUUACUUUUGGAGGAAAGGAAUAAAAUGCCCAAGACCCCUGCCAUUAUUUGGCAAUAUUCUUUCUACCACGAAGGGAUUUUACCUAUAUAUGUACAAUUGCAAAGAGAAGUAUGGUAAAAUAUUCGGGUUUUAUCUGUUCCGGCGCCCGGUGGUCGUGAUCAGUGAUCCCGAUAUUCUGAAAGACAUUCUGGUGAAAAGUUUCUCCAAGUUUACCAAUCAUGAUACAUUCGUCUUGAAGAACAGACCUUUAGAUCAAAGUUUAUUGGAUCUUCGUGAUCAGAGAUGGAAAGAUGUGAGAACAGUCAUUACUCCUACAUUCAGCGCGCUCAAGAUGAAACAGAUGUCUCCCUUGAUAAACGAAUGUUGUGAUGUUCUGGUUACUUAUCUGCAAAAGAAGCGAGAGGAGGACAACGAUAUAAGCAUUUUCAGCGUUUUUGAAUCAUUCACGACGGACGGUAUUGCUGAAUGUGCAUUUGGACUUCAGGUUGAUGCCCAGAACAAUCCCGAUAAUCAAUUCGUUAAACAUGCUAAAGCGAUCAUGGAAGCUUCUGUAAAGAGCCCCGUAGCGAUGCUGGCAGGAAUUUUCCCUCCAUCCGCCUACCUGUUUAAUGCUCUUGACAUCGGGUUAAUUCCCGCCGCAACGAGGACAUUCUUUAGAGAUGUUGUUGUCAAAGCUAUCGAUAUGAGGAAACAGUCCCCUAAUAGCGAGAGGAAAGACUUUUUGCAACUUAUGAUGAACGCCCACAAUGAUGACGAUAUCGGCUCAAAGGUCAACAAGGACACGAACGAUCUUCAUAACCUGAUUGAAGAGCACAGUGAUAAUCCCCUCUCCUCAACUCAGAAAACUCAACUAACCAUGGAUGAAAUAUUUGCUCAGGCUUUGCUGUUCUUUGCUGGUGGCUAUGAUACGACAAGCCUUACGCUUGGUUUCCUGGCCUACUCCCUAGCAACCAAUCCCGACAUUCAGGACCAGCUAAUCAAAGAGGUGGAUGAAAUGACACCAACCAGAGAUUCUGUCGACUAUAACGCGGUCGCAAAGAUGUCAUUACUGGACAUGGUUGUCUGUGAGACUCUCCGGUUAUAUCCGCCAGCAGUUGUAGGUGAGCGAUGUUGUGGUGAGACACACACCGUUCGAGGAUUAACAAUUGAGAAAGGAAGCCAGAUCUUCUACUCUAUGUAUAACAUCCACCGUGAUCCAUCUCUUUGGCCAGAACCUGAGAAAUUCGACCCCUCAAGGUUUAGCAAGCAGAAUCGUGCUAACCGGCACCCGAUGGCCUGGAUACCAUUUGGUGCUGGACCUAGGAACUGUAUCGGGAUGCGGUUUGCUUUGAUGGAGAUUAAGAUGGCCACUGUUCGUAUCCUCCAGAAAUUCCGAUUUGUGCCAAGUGCAAACACGGUGAUUCCUGUGAAGUUCGGUACUGGAGAAAAUCUCAAACCUGAUGGCGGUAUGUUCCUUGGGAUCGAAGAGCGCGUGUGAAAUUUCGUGUCGUCACAUGACCCAUUACACAUGGUGUGUAAAAGUGUAAAACAGAUUAAAAUUUUUACAAUGCCUUAACAAACUAAUUUUUUAAAAAGUGUGAAGAAGUAAUUGUAUUUCUACAAGAUUGUUAUCAUUUUUUUGUGGUAAUUAUAUGAAAUCAAUAAGAGUUUUCAGUUUGAUAUUGUUUCAGUGCUCAUUAUUUUUGGUAGACGCAUAUCGCCCAUUUUAGGUAAUCAAGUAUGGCACAAGGUUUCAAGUAAAUGUCAAAGCAACAAUACGUGAAUAAUCAACCGAUAUCAAUGAAUGAAUGAAGAAAACUUUGCAUAAUAGCCCUUAGGCCUAUUUAAUAAUAUCAUAUUCGAUUCUCUAUUUCUUUAGUAAACACAAAAAAUCCCUUGAAAAUCGGGGUCUUCCUGAAGAUUAGGUUUGUCUUCAUCAAAAUUCUUUCCUGCUUAGCCCAAUCUUAGAAACCUUGUUUUUGGUUUCAAAACCUGCCCCGAAGGUGCAUAGAUGAGCUGAAUGACCAUGGUGGUGUUUAUAGGGUAUAUUUCAUUUUACUUUAAAGAUCGUGCUAAUUAGCGGAAAAUCUUUUGAUGGUUAGAUAAACGUUUAUAAUACACUCGGGCUCGUGGACCCUCCCUGGAAAUUUAUAGUUCAUUCAAGUAAUGAUUUACAAUACAUUUGAUAUUGUUACGUAAUGGUAGUAGAGUUCAAUCUUACACUUAAUGAAGUCUGAUCCGUGAAUAUAGCCGGAGGGUAGAGUCUUUUAAAAAUAUUAUUCAUCUUUUUUUCCUUGUGUUUUUUUUAUCACAAAAGUAGAAUUCUAAAGAAAUUAUAUCGUUCAUUAUGUUGUGAUAGAUUUAAGUGCUUUCAUUUGAUUUCUCCUUUUGCUUCUUUUACUUCGUGAACGGUCAUCACGCGCAUUUAAUUUUUCCCUAUCUCAACAUCAGCCUUCAGACAAAGUUGUUUAUUAAAUUGUUCUCAAUUCCUAUCAUUACUAUUUAAUAAUUAGUAGCGAAUACAACGAAGCUAAUCAUCUUUUAACUCAUUCCUUGGUGAUUUCUUUGUAUCGUUUUAUCCAUGUUUUCUACAUCAUGAUAUAAUUAAGGGUCUCUAUUUAUUAUAUUAUAUUCAAACCUUUCGUUGACUGAUAUAUAUGGAAGUUUUUUGAAAUUCUUUGGGUUGCCUAAAAGAAAAUGAUCUGUCUUCGAACGUAUCUUUGUUUUGUUUUAUGUGUCGUUAUUCGUAAAUAGUGUAAGCGUUCAAUGUGUGUUAUCUGCCAACGAUGUGAUUACAAUGAGGAUUGGAUUUAAAUUUUAUGCUUAUAAAGUGUGGAGUUCCACAGGGGAGCACAUUAGGCCCCAUUAUUUUUAUGUGCUAUCAGCGAUAUGUGUAUUUGUGUUUUUUGAAAAAUAAAUUACUUUGUUAUGCUGAUUCUUAAUAUGUGUUUUUUUUAUAAGUGUACUUUGUAAUAAGUUACUUACGUAAGGACCCCAUUGGAAAUUAGCAAUAUCGGAUAUCAUGGGCAAUCCUGUCAAGGUAUUUUGAUACUUUUCAUCUUAUUCGUACCUGUUUUAUAUCUGGAGAAUAAAAUCAAUCAAUCAAUCGUCAAUCUUUUUAUGUCCCUGGCAGAGAAUUUUGAGAGCGAUUCUAGCGAAAGUACCAAUUGACUAGCUUUUUUUUUUAAUUUUUCAUUCAGCUAUUUGGAGUAUCUGAUCUAGCCGUCUCUUUUGUCGGGGAGAGUCCACGAGACCGGGUGUAACCGUGGGUUUGUCACUUUGUCUUCAUCCAAAGAUUUUCCGCUGAAUAACCUGAUCCUCGAUGUGAGGUGAAAUACCCACACCAGAAAACACCGAAGUCGUUUUUACCACCUAGAAGUCAACUAUGCACCUUUUGUUAAUUUUCGAAACCGAAAACAAUGUCUUUGAUUGGGCUAAGCAUAAAAUAAUUUUGAUGAAGUCAAACGUAGUUCUCGACCUCGUGUGAGCACCCCGUUUGGUAGCCAUGAUUUUAGUUGAUUUUUUUUAAUUCUGAGAAUUUGUUUGUUACUAAUCAUUAAGUUAACAAUUUUGUUUUAAUGUGCGUGGAAUACGGACACCUCAUCAUGUUAGUUUAAAAAACUGGAUUGCCAUGCUGGUCUUUAUCUACUGUAUAUAUACAUCAUACCCGGCUUCUUACAUUUAUUUCUUCUCACAUUUCUGUACACGUUGCCUAAUUUACAAGUCUGUUUGAUCCAGCAAUGUUUCAUCAAACAUCUACUUGACUUAAUUUUUUU